AUGACGGAGCCGGGGAGCCUGGCCUGGGUGGCGGCCCUGAGCAGGGAUUACACGUGGGUCGAAGGGGUCCCUUUCCUCUCGACCACCACGGGGGACCUCGGGGCGCUGCGGGACGGGUUUGUGGUCAGGGAUGGGGACAUCGUCACCGUGUCUUACCCGAAGUCAGGCACCACCUGGAUCCUGGAGAUCGUCCACCUGGUGCACACGCGGGGCGACCCCCGCUGGGUGCAGUCGGUGGUCAGCUGGGAGCGCUCGCCGUGGCUGGAGAAGGCCACCGGGGUAGGGGGCAUCAACAGGCAGGCCGACCCGCGGUUCUACACCUCCCACCUCCCCCUGCACCUCUUCCCCACGUCGCUGUUCACGUCCAAGGCCAAGUGUGUCUACGUCAUGAGAAAUCCCAGAGAUAUCCUUGUUUCCGGUUACCAUUUCUGGAAAACGAUAAAGAUAGCCAAAUACACAGAGUCCUUUGAAGUCUAUUUUGAGAAGUUCCUUCAAGGAGAAGUGCCCUUCGGCUCCUGGUUCGACCACGUGGGCGGCUGGCUGCAGAUGAGGGGAAAAGAGAACUUCCUGUUUAUAUCCUACGAGGAGCUGCAUCAGGACAUCAGAGCCAGCGUGGAGCAGAUCAGCCGGUUCCUGGGCACCGAGCUGAACCCGGAGGAGGUGGACUCUGUCCUCCAGCACGUCACCUUCCAGGCCAUGAAGGAGAAUAAGAUGAGCAACUUCUCUCUGCUCCCCGACUUCCUCAUGGACCACAGCAAAGGGUGUCUUAUGAGAAAAGGCAUCGCCGGGGACUGGAGGAACCACUUCACGGUGGCCCAGACGGAAGCCUUCGACAGGGUUUACCGAGAGAAGAUGGCGGGGCUGCCCCGGGGCCUCUUUCCGUGGGAUUAG